AUGUCGUCAAGCAACAACCUCACCUCGGCCCCGAUCUCCGCGGCAACAAAUUUGAGGCAACGCCUCAAUGAAACCGACGACUUGAUUCUCCUGCCAGGCGUCUACGAUGGCUUCAGCGCCAGGAUCGCACUCGAAGUCGGCUUCGACGGUCUUUACAUGACCGGCGCAGGAACAUCAGCCUCCAAACUAGGCCUCCCAGACCUCGGCUUCGUAACUCUAGACGAUAUGCGCUCCCACGCCGAGAUGCUCGCCAACCUGGACCCUUCAAUCCCGCUCGUCGCCGACGCCGACACCGGCUACGGCGGCCCCAACAUGGUCGCCCGCACUGUGACGCAGUACGCCCGCAGCGGCGUCGCGGGCCUCCACAUCGAAGACCAGGUCCAGACCAAGCGCUGCGGCCACCUGACAGGCAAACAGGUCGUCGACACGGACGUCUUCAUCUCCCGCAUCAAAGCCGCCACCCUUGCCCGGCGGAAAAUCGGCUCCGAUAUCGUGGUCAUCGCCCGGACGGACGCAAUCCAGACGCACGGCUUCGACGAGGCUCUGGCGAGGCUCCGGGCUGCCGUCGAGGCUGGCGCGGACGUUGCGUUCCUCGAGGGCGUGACGUCGACCGAGGAGGCCGAGACGGCAUGUAAGGCCCUCGCGCCGACGCCAGUGCUGCUCAACAUGGUCGAGCACGGCGCGACGCCCUCGUGGACGGCCGCCGAGGCCAAGAAGCUGGGGUACCGCAUGAUGAUUGUGCCGUUUGCCGCCAUCGCGCCGGCGUACGAGGCGAUUCGCGAGUCGUUGACGAGGUUGAAGGCGACAGGGGAGGUCGGGACGAAGUCUGAUUUCUCGCCGAGGAAGCUGUUUAGUAUUGUUGGGCUGCAGGAGGCGAUGGACUUUGAUGCGGCUGCCGGUGGAAGCUCGUAUAGCCAGGUAUGA